AGAUUCAAUUUCAUUUGAAUUGAUUUUAGCUAAAAUUUUGGAAAAUAUAAAAAUUUGUAUAUUUAAAACAGAUUUUUAUUUAUUUUGAGAAAAAUCGAAAAUUGUGUAAAGUUUGUAAAUUUAAAACAAAUUAACCUAAAAAUUAAAAUAAGUUUGGGUGGAAACCCUGUGCCCUCAAUGCUGUUGAGUGUUGAUAGAUGGAAGAAAAUGAAAUCCUGGAGCUCUACCACCUUCAAUAUGCUGAUCUCAUGGCGUUGUUGUCCCACCAAAAUCCCCCAUCAAACGAUGAAAUUCAACUGUCACUAUCGAUUAUGCAAAACCUCGGCCCCAAGGGACCGGGCCUUAUCUCCAUCGGCGGUGUUCCUGCAGCCCGAGCCUCCCAAACUCUUCUCCUUUUGGCCCGAAAGCUCGCUCUUCUCAGUAACGACGAUCGAAAAAGGAUUCUCAAGGAUCAUAAUCUGGGGAGCGAUGUUCCGCUAAAAAAUGCGGAUAGAACCGUAUCGUCUUUUGCGAUGCAAAUGAAGUAUGAAGAUGAAUUCAAAUUUAGAUUUGGGGGUAGUGGAAUGGCUAAAGAGGUUGAAUUUGGGGAAUUCAAGGAUCUAGGGUUUGCAUUUCGCGAAUUAGGGUUUUCUAUGAUGGAAUUAGGGCUUUGUCUUGCGCGAGUUUGUGAUAAACAAAUUGGUGGGUGUGAGCUAGAACAGAGCUUAUUGCAAAGUGGCACGGCCAAAGGGAGGUUGAUACAUUAUCACUCUGUUGCUGAUAAUGCUGCCUUUAAAGAAGCAGCAAAUAGGAAGCGCCAUAGCAGAAUUAGUAAUGUUAAUUUGAGGCAUUGUAAAUCUGAUGAUGAUGGUAACACAAAGUUGUGGCAGCAAUGGCAUUACGAUUAUGGGAUUUUUACAAUUCUGACAACGCCUAUGUUUAUGAUAUCAAAUGGGAGUGAUGAGCAAGAAUGCGACUCUCCUAGUGGCCAUACGUACCUGCAAGUCUUUCAUCCGGAGAUGAACCGUGUGCUUAUGGUGAAGGCGCCACAAGGGAGUUUUAUUGUUCAGGUAGGAGAAUCAGCAGAUGUGUUGUCGAGGGGGAGGCUUAGAGCAACACUCCAUAGUGUUUAUCGACCUGCCGAGAUGGAGAAUUUGAGCAGGGAGACUUUUGUUAUAUUUCUACAGCCAGCAUGGAGCAAGACGUUUUCACUUGCAAACUACCCCGAUCAACAGUUAAGGUUAGGGGGUCAGGGUUUGGAUGAGGAGACUUGUAGUGCUAGGCAUGAGUUAAAUGGAUUGACUCAAAAAAUUCAUGAGAUUGUUCCUCCUCUGUCUUCACGUUUGCGCGAUGGGAUGACAUUUGCAGAAUUUGCAAAAGAAACUACAAAGCAAUACUAUGGUGGUAAGGGUUUGCAGGCUAACAGAUAGGUAACUCCCUUGUUUUUCUUUCUUCCUAGUGUAGUUUGCCCUAUUCUUUUCCAUUAUGCUAGCUAAAGAGUUGUGUUAUGAGAUAAAUGAUGGUGCUCAAUUGAUCUUGACUGCACGCAGUUGCAAGUAA